AUGGUCAACGCCGUUGGCGAAGCAGCUCUUCGAAGCUAUAUCGUGCCGUUGGCGAGCUACAUGCGCAUGUGUUUGACUGGAGAUCUGGGCGGUUAUUAUACCGGUGCAAUCGGACAGAAUCGCGACCAGUUCGGCGUCAAGGGAGACUUCGUCACGUCCCCUGAAAUCUCUCAGAUAUUCGGUGAGCUAGUUGGCGUGUGGUUUAUCGCCGAAUGGAUCAGCCAGGGCCAGCCUAAACAGGGAGUUCAGUUGAUCGAGGUUGGACCUGGUCGCGGUACGCUCAUGGAUGACAUGCUGCGAACCAUAAAACGCUUUCCCGCCAUGGUUGACAGCAUUGAAUCGGUCUUCAUGGUCGAGGCAAGUCCAGAGCUUCGGGAGAAGCAGAAAACGCUUCUUUGCGGCUCUGAUGCCCCGUCCGAAGACUGUGCAGCUGGUUCUCGCAGCACAGGAAAACAUUUAGGGAAGCCCGUCGUAUGGGCCGAAAGCCUAAAGUCAAUUCCAAUUGAACCCAACAAAGUUCCAUUCAUUGUGGCACACGAGUUCUUUGAUGCCCUUCCGAUUCACUGCUUUCAAUCGGCUCCGGCACCGGCAUCAACCCCCGAGACAGCAUCAACCCGCACAUCGACGGUCAAACCUUCCCCCACGGAAGCAAACUCGUCGCCGGCGUACGAGUGGCGAGAAAUGAUGGUUUCGCCCACGCACCCUGCCGAGGUUGCUUCAGAUCAAGCAAAAGCGAAGGCAGCUGGUAGGGAGACUUCUGCCGCAGAGUUUCAGCUCAUUCUCUCUUCGAAGCCUACCAGGCAUUCUCGCUACCUUCCCGAGUCGUCUCCAAGGUACCGACAACUCAAGCAGUCCCCAGGCUCUGUGGUCGAAAUAUGUCCCGACGCCUCUCUGUAUGCCGCGGAUUUUGCCGCUCGCAUCGGUGGCUCUGACAAGGUGAAAAAGCCGCAACCAUGUGGUGCUGCUUUAAUUUUGGAUUACGGCACAUCCGACACCAUCCCAAUUAACUCCCUGAGAGGUAUCCGACACCACAAGCUGGUCAGUCCCUUCUCAGCGCCAGGCCUUGUCGACCUGAGUGCCGAUGUGGACUUUACAGCCAUUGCCGAAGCUGCUACCCUGGCCAGUGACGGAGUUGAGGUUCACGGCCCAGUGCCACAAGCCGAUUUCCUUGAGCUUAUGGGCAUACGAGAGCGGGCAGAAAUGCUCAUCAAGGCUGCAGGCACCGAUGAAUCAACGGCGCAGAGAAUUAGAAAGUCAUGGAAGCGACUUGUCGAUCGAGGACCCAGCGGGAUGGGCAAAAUUUAUAAAGCUCUUGCCAUUUUGCCUGAGAAUGAUGGUCGAAGACGCCCUGUAGGAUUUGGGGGCGAUGUUUUAUCCAGGUAG